CACUUAAAGUCAAACGAGUUUCAAACAUUACAACUUGAAAGAUAUGAUGGAAAAUAAGUUUAUGAUCAGAACUAGAAAUGGAAAAUACAUAGUAAGACUGGUAUGUAUUGUGCUGAUCGUUUUUGGUGGGUCUGUUCGUGGUCGUAAGUUGCUGUCUCAGACCAGACCAGACCCUAGUAGUGCUGCACCGUUUGCUCGGUGGUUGGUUUCUGAGAGUUCUUGGGGGAUUUUGAGUACCAUUGCAGAUGACUUGGGUGGAGCACCUUUUGGGAAUGUGGUUUCAUUGAGCGAUGGAAAACCCAAUGAAGGCAAGGGCAUUCCAUAUUUCUACUUAACCACUUUAGAUCCAACUUCACGCUAUGCAUUGAAAGAUCAUAGAUCUUCAUUAACUAUAAGCGAAUACGCUCUUGGAACUUGUGGCAAAAUUGACCCGGAAAACCCAACAUGUGCUAAAAUCACACUCAAUGGGAAGUUGAGUGAACUCGAUGAAAAGUCUGAGGAGGCUGCAACUGCUCGAACUGCAUUAUUUGCCAAACAUCCCGAGAUGCCAACGUGGCCGAAAGAUCAUGGUUUCCAGGUGUUUAAGCUGGAUAUUGAAGAUAUAUUUAUGAUCAAUUACUAUGGCGGCCCUAAACCUCUUACAGUUGAGCAAUACCUCCAUUCCGAAAAGGAUCAACUAACUUCUUACUAAGUGAGAAACCAACAUGAUCGCUCGUUUCUGCUAAUUCAUCUCCAUUUAUGAGUGUAAUUGAAGACCUGGAAAUUAUUUGGAGCAUUCAUGUAAUAUAAAUAUUCAAAUUUUUAACUAUUUGUGUGCCAAGACAAUUGACAAUGGAAAUGUAUACUUCUCAUCA